AUGCACCAUUCAAUCCAUCCAGUAGUAAAUGAAUUUCCCGAUGUAUUUCCUGAAGAUCUUCCGGGUUUGCCUCCAGAACGAGAAGUAGGUUUUGGUAUUGAUCUGAUUCCAGAUACUCAACCUAUCUCUAUCCCUCCAUAUAGAAUGUCCCCGGCAAAAUUACAGGAGUUGAAGGAGCAAUUAAAAUACUUGUUAGAAAAGGGAUUCAUAAGGCCUAGUCAUAUUAUAUCUGAGAAACCAAUAAAGGUUGAUGCUCAAAAGAUAGAAGCUGUGAAAAACUGGACAGGACCUACACCUACAGAGAUCCGUAGUUUUCUUGGAUUGGCAGGUUAUUACAGAAGGUUCGUUAAAGGAUUCUCUUCCAUUGAUGCACCCUUAAUAAAGCUAACACAGAAAGCAACCAAGUUUCAAUGGAGUGAUGCAUGUGUAAAAAGGUUCCAAGAGCUGAAGAAUAAAUUGACUUCUACACAUGUAUUGGUACUUCUAGAAGGAAUGGAAGGGAAAUCAAAUGUAGUAGUUGAUGCUUUAAGUCGUAAAAUAAUGGCAAACACUUAUGGGAAAUCUGUGGAAAGACAAGGAAUAACUAAGGAUCUAUACCAACUAGUUAGCUUGGGGGUUCGCCUUCUUGAAUCUCCAGACGAAAGGGUUAUUGUGAAAAAUGUGGCAGAAUCCUCAUUAGUAAUGAAAGUGAAAGAGAAGUUGUAUACUGAUCAUAUUCUAUUAAAGCUUAAGGAGAAUGUACAACAUGGUGUUAGAAGAAGAGUACUAGAGUUUUCCAUAGGGGAUUGGGUGUUCUUGAAGGUGUCUCCAAUGAAAGGGGUAAUGAGGUUUGCUAAAACAGGAAAGUUGAGUCCCCGCUAUAUAGGGCCAUAUAAGAUUAUUCAAAGAUUUGUUCAAGUAGCCUAUGAGUUAGAGCUACCACAAGAGCUUUCAUCAGUUCAUUCAGUGUUACACGUCUCGAUGCUUCGGAAGUGUGUAGGUGACCCAUCUCGUAUUACUCCUACUGAAGAUGUACAAGUUACGGGAGAUUUCACUUAUGAAGAAGUACCCAUUGCUAUUCUGGAUUGA